CACACUCCAGGACUGUCUCUUUGGGCGUUGUGGUGGCAAUUCGAGGCAGACUCCGAACGGCCAAGAUGCGCUGGAGUGCAGUCAGUUUUGCAGAGAUUUUCAACCUUUUCGGAUGCUGAAAACCGUUCGGCUCGCGGGCGUGGACCAUUUCGCUGUGAAACCCCUGGGAUACCCUCAAACUGUGUGAGCUUUGUGAGCAGUACUGCUAUAUACUGCGGUGCAGAAGGCAAGCAAAGGAAAAUAUUCUUCGAACAGUAUUGUGAAGGAGAAUCCUGUGCCAAAUCAUAAAUUUUGCGAGCUGCUGGCUGCCAUCGAAAGUGUUUGCGUUCCUGGCGAGUAAUCAAAUUGAUUGGAUGUUAUUACGUUGCCUACUUUCGGGUGGAGUGGCUGUGGCAUUGUUUGGGUGGAUUGGUCGGGUGAAGUGAAACCAAUCGCAUAUUUAGCUGCCUCCUGUUUUGACAUCCUGACAUCGAUUUGUGGUUUGACAGUAGAUGAGAAAAAACAAUAAAAUAAUUGUAUUACAAACGUGCUACAGUGAACACAAGUGAAUAAGGUGCGAAGGAGAAAGCUGAAGGUUUCGUGUGAGAUCACGCAGCAUCCAAUUUUCCACGGUUGGAGAAGGUGGAGAAAAGUGUACACCACGUAAGAAAAGUGUGCCCAGAUUAUAUUUAUCUAGCGGUCUUUCUAGGAUUGGGUGUGUGUUUGUUUGCGGUAUAAGAAAACAUGAGUUUUCCACUAAUUUACUCGUGAACUUAGAGGCGAGGGCAGACGGAGGGGAUAACCCCAUCAUUGAGCGGUUGAUUGUAAUAGUUGCCAAGCACUCAUCAGGAUUUUGUGACAAAAAACUUAGUUCAGAUUUCGGUAUUUGGAUGUGUCUACUUAAUGGAUAUAGCCGUUGCUGAAGAGGCAUAAUCACUAGUGAAAGGUAAAAUACAACAACGUACCUGUAACGUACCUCAAUGUAAUGUGAUUCAACAUCACCCCCGAAGGAGUACCUUUGCUUCGAAGCCACGAUCGGAAUAAUCAAGUGUUGACCCAGUUGAAGCGACCGAUGUGAAACGUAAUCAAAAGCAAUCGAAAGAAAAUUAGAAAAGUCUACUGGUGUUGCACCAGGGCGUGCUAUUUUGCUGGAGUGUGUGUGCAGUGAAUAAGCAAAAAAAAAGAAUCUUGAAUCCAAACAUUUGCCUAGCAUUGGAUUUCCUCUAUCGUGCAGCGGAAAAUAAGCGGAAACCUGAUCAAACGAAUUGUUCCAUUUGUCUUUCGCCUCAUGCCGCUUGGAAUGGGGCUCUGUGUUUGAAGGAUAAUUAAAGUGUAUCUGUGUGUAGAAGGCUUUGCGUAAGGCGAAUUUUAAACUGAGCAAAAUGGCACUUUGGCAGACGAAGAAUUGGUAUUGGUCACUGUUGGCAAUGCUGGUGGCAUUUGAGAGUGUUUAUUCAGAAUCGUCAACUUUUGCUACCGAGCACAGCUUGUUGACAGUUGCUACUGCUGACGGCAUUGUGGUGAGUGAGGUGAGUGAGACAGAUGCUGUAACGGCAUUGCCAGCUAGUACCAGUAGUAGUAGCAGCAGCAGUAGUGCUUAUUUGGGAAAAUAUACGUCCGAGUUGGUGCAAAGUUCGUCCGCAACAGUGGCUGGUGCAAUGUCGAGUGUUGUGGAGGCGAGUAACCCUACUGACACAACAGAGGGGUUGACGACGGGCGUAAUUUUGCCAGGAGUGGGCAGCAGCAACGUUGCUAGUUCAUUGGAUGAAACAGAAAUUGAGAAAAAAGGUGGAGACAUUGAGCUGGAGAGCGAAACUCCCGUUAUUAGUUUUGGCAUCCGGUCAUUCACCGUUGAAGUAGGCACUGGGACAGAACGAUCCAGCGAUGAACCGGUACUGGUGAAUGCAACUCAGCCGGAAAAUGCCACUCAGCAGACCGGCGAAGGUGCAACUACUCAAGUUAUUUUCUCAAGUGAGUCUUCGAGCACAACUGAAUCCACAACAGUAGCCUUGGACGCUGAUGAAACUCGCCCCACUGACGCGACUGGCAGCCAUGGAGAAACAACAGUUGCCAGAGGGCUUUCUCAACAACCAGAUAAUGAUCCAGGUCAAACAGUGGUUACCGUUAACACGAAGGUACCCGGUGAGAAACUCAUCAAUAUGGAUGAGGAAUCUGAGGAAGAACAGCAUAUUUCCAACGAAAUUCGCGUCGAAAAGAAAAAUGGUUUAUACCGCAUAAAAAUAGCAGAAAUUACGACGGACGAGUUUGAUAACGGCUUACAUGAAACUGAUAACGAGAACCUGCUGAUGCCAGCUGGAGCUGUAGCACCGAAGUCAGUUUAUCCUAGUAAGAUUAAUAUUGACGAUUUUUAUCCUUCGAAACUGGAGGACUUUAAGCCUCCGGCCAAUGUGAAUGAGCUACUGCGUAGUGCUGAAACCGCCCACGAAAAACUGCUGCGUGAAAAAGCCAUUCUGAGAAACGAGGAUAAUGAGAAACUUUUCGAAUCGACAAUCAUGAAACCAUCAGAAGUUUUGCCCAUAAUUGACAGCAAAGUUGACGCAUACGAAAACGUGAACUUAGGAAUCGAAGAUGAAAAGAAAGCCCAGGAUUCCGGUGACAUCUCUACUACCAAGAUCGAGAUUGAGCUAAUUGAUGAUACCUCGGAAACAUCAACCAGUGACGAGGGAAAAUCUUCCAUCGAUAACAUUACCGAAAAGCUGGAGGAAAACGACGAAGUGAUAAGUCGUAUCAAGGAAAACUUCAAAGGGUACAAAACUUUCGAUGCGACGGAAGAGAUGGAGUUGCCACCGGAAAAGAAGCAGGACGGAGAGGUAAUGACGAUUGCUAUCUCUUCGGUGACAUUUUCAUCGUCGCAACAGCUGUCCACUCAAUCUCCCCCAACUUCGAUGCCAAUCUCUGGAACCACCACCCAGCUUCCAGCUACCACCGAAGAGGACAUUCCGAUUGCUGUCAGCGGCAGCGAUAUAGUGAAGGAUAACUACGGAAAUCUUUUCAUUCCACGAAGGGUGAAGAAAAAUGAUCCUACAACAUCUAAAAUAAAUAUUUUCAACUCUGCUCCUUUGAAAAAAAUUGACUUUGCAAAUACUAAAUUUAAUAACGACAACAGUGGCUCCCCACACGACCCAAACGACAUUGGCAAAAAGGACAAGCCGGAAUUUUCAACUACCAAGUUCUACAACAGUAAGGAAUUGUACAGUGAGCUGCAUCAUCAGGUUAUGAAUGAUAGCAGCCACCGUCACGAGAACCGCAAUUCACCGGUCCCGAAAAAAACUACUGCCGUCGUUUCGGAGAAAGACAUUCUAACCGCAAAAACGCUUUCCAAGCCAACAGCAGCGCAAUCAACAGCGACUACCAAAAAGUUACCACUGAAACUCACCAACCCAUCCGAGCCCACCAUAAAACAGCAAUUGCUGAAAACUAAUUUUAUUCCGAGAGACGUUACUUCAACGGUGUCGGCCGUUCCUUCACCUUCGGUGCAGAAACCACAAUCAACCAUCGUUUCACCUGCAGCCGCCGAAAGCACGUCCGUGAAUCGACCGAACCGUCUAAAAGAAUUUCCGCAGCGUGUCGUGACCCAGCCAUCAUCUCACAUCCAUCCGCUGGAUCAGCAGAAGAAGAUAAAGUCACUGGGAGCGGCCGCAUCCGCCAUCAUUGCCGCUACCUCAAAGCUGGCCAAGAACAAUAAGGCAACACCGGUCGCGUUGAAUCACAUUACACCCGAAUCACCACAGCAAGGCAGCAAACCGCUGCAGCCACAUACUAGCAGUGAAAAUUUAAUUACACGGCCGAUCAUCACGCCGCUGUCUCGGUUGCAGGAGAAAAUUAACACACUGGACUGUGACAUCCAGCCUCUGUCGCUCGACUCCACCAUAUGGCGCGGCAACGAAACACACGAGCUGGAACUGCCCAUCACGACUCCGGAAGACUGUUCGGCUGGCUCCAGCUGUACGCCGACCACGAUCUCUUGGGAAGGAACUGCUGACAUCCAGUCCGGUGACGUGUUGAUUGUUGAGAUUGACGAUAAGCACCUAAUACCGACCGGUUACAAUAAAUCAUCAGAAAGCGCCCAUCACGCGACGACAGCCGUCUACCAGGUGACUAGACUCGGCCACGAACACUGCGACAUCACCGAGGGAGUGCUGCUCGAUAUCACCCCGCUGGUAGUGGACGGACGCAAGUUGGUCACCCUGUACGACAAGGAUCUGACGGAGGGAAUUAAUCUGCUAAUUGUGGUCUCGGAACAGUGGGGUCAACAAUGCGUACGUCUGAAAGUGACCGUCAAGUCGGACAAUUGCGGUGAAAAUGCUGACUGCUCCGGAAAAGGUGUAUGCUACUCCAACAAUUCAAUGGAAGGAUACGAGUGCCAGUGCUGCGGUGGCUUUGCCGGAUCCCAUUGCGAGGAAAUAGACGCGUGCACGCCAUCACCUUGUACCAACAACGGAAUUUGUGUAGACCUGUCGCAAGGUCACGAGGGAAACGCCUACCAGUGCCUUUGUCCGUACGGAUAUACCGGCAAAAACUGCCAGUUUGAGUCGGAUCCAUGCAAUCCAUCGCAAUGUCUGAACGGAGGCACCUGCGUCGGAAAUUCCACUCAUUUCAGAUGCGAUUGUACCUCGGGUUACACCGGACCGCUUUGCCAGCACAAUUUAAACGAGUGCGAAUCAUCGCCGUGCGUUCACGGUAUCUGUGUGGACCAAGAGGACGGAUUUCGAUGCUUCUGUCAGCCAGGCUUCUCCGGCGAGUUGUGCAACUUUGAAUACAACGAGUGUGAGUCGAAUCCCUGCAUCAACGGUGGUCAGUGCAUCGAUAAUAUUGGCGGAUUUUCGUGCAAAUGCACUCGAGGUUACACGGGAAAGCGCUGUCACAUAAAGGUGGACUUUUGUGCCAACGAUCCGUGUCCGGACGGUCAUCGUUGCAUAGAUCACGGUGAUGACUUCACCUGCGAGUGUCCGGGUGGACGCAAUGGACCCGACUGCAACCAAGUGCCCCGAACGUUGUGCAACGUAAAUCCUUGCGCCAACGGAGGAACCUGCUGGACAACGGAGGAAUCUUUCUAUUGCGCUUGCCGCCCUGGGUUCACCGGGAAAAUGUGCGAAGAAAAUUUCGUCAUCGAUUCGGUCGUCAGCUCCAGUGAAAUGCUUUCGGACAACCUCAACCAGAACGGCCAGAACGGAUUGCUGCACGGUGUAAUGGGCAGCAAUAAUGUGCUUUACGCGGACUCGGAAUCGUCGCACGUUGGCAAACGGGGCAGCGCCAUCGAACUGCACAACGCAUACAUCGCCGCUGGAACGUUAGCAGCUGCCAUUCUGAUUGUGGCCAUUGUGGUAACCGCAUGCCACUGCAAGGUGCAUCAGAGCUAUCGCCACUUUGCGACCAAACACCGCCAGCUGAUACCGAUCUUCGGCCGCAAAACGAAAGCGGCCUCCGCCAACCGGCACUGGCUCAGUGGCAAGGGACACGGCCAGCAGGCCCCGAUCGGUGGCCACAGCAAUCUGAACUACAGUUAUGCCCACCAACAUCCGAACUCGUACAGUCUGCAGCCGGAACGAAUAAUCAAUAAACCGCUACCGAUGAAUCUGGAAAACGACAUGUACUACACGGUGGACUUCGGUGAAUCGCAAAAUGCGCCCUUGAUACAGUAAAGCCGCCCUCGGCGCGCUGAUAAACAGCAAAAUCCGUUACCUAUUCCCGCAAUUUGACUAUUGUUUUCGACUUGUAAGCAUUCCGUUCGUUUGUUCAGGCGCUUACCUAUUAGGAUAAUUAUGAAACGAUCUGAAGGUUACGUAAAAUUGAUUGUAAUGUAUUGACUAGUCCAAACUAAAACAGUAUACUCACCUACCACAUGCCAAAUUGAAAAGAGGACAUCGAACAGUGAGUAAUAAAAAAUAAGCCGCCAUUACACCACAGAAAGAAAUAAUCAGCCAUCCGCGACGUAGAACUUGCAACUAACCUGCAUUAAAACAAUGCGAAAUACAUUGCAACUGUUUUCACUCAAGAGCGCAUCCUUUUAGAAUAAAGGCACAGCACCCUAAUCAUUAAUAAAUAUCCUUUUGCAAGCGUUUUGUCUCUGCCCGUCAUGCUGCUUCACCUACGCUACGUAUCCUAUUCAGCCUUGCCAUAUAAAUUCUCUGCCGCAUGUUAUACCCUAACUUUUACCGCCAAUGGAAUCGAGAAACGGCACGAAUUCUAAAUCUGUUGAUUGGGUCCUUCGGGCCCGGUGGUACCGGUGAACGAGCGACACAAACGCGACGCGGUCUCGGAAAUUGAAGAUUACUAUCGUUUGUCUGCCUGCGGGCCGUCCGUUGGGGUUCAAAUCUUGCUGCCGUGGGAGCAGGCAGGGCCGAGAUUUUCCGCACAAAAGAAAAGAAUAAAGACCUGAGGAAACUGGAAACGAAAAGGUCACAUUUUCCUUUCCGGCUCGUGAGCGAAGAAUUCGGCUGGUCUCGCACUUUUUUUUGUAAGCCGUAAGCCGGUGCCGUAUCGGUUCCAUUUGAUCUCAUCUCUAAUCCCUGGCCAUUGUUGUUGCCUUCCUGAGGUCGACCGACGAACGACGGGCUGGCGAUUGUUCGCCAUGUCUUUUCGGGUGGAAACCCGGCGAACCGGAGCGGGGAGGAUAUACAAUUCAGCCUGGAACGUGUAGGAGUUUAUCACGAAAUUAACUCGCUUCAUCGAAACAAGCGAAUAUGUCGCUCCAAUGAAAAUGGCGUUAGAAAUAAUGCUGCAUCGCAGGUUUGUCUUUGGUACGUUUGGAAGUGGUUUAUUCAAUUAUUCCGAGCGAGCUGGUUAUUUAUUUUCUCUGCCAGGAUUGUGUCAACUGAACAUAGUAACAGCACUUUCGGGACAGUUUAAUUUAAUUUGAAGAAAUUAGUUUUCCUCCUCGAUUGAGUUCUUUGUAACUAGCUUAGGCAAGCCAAACGAAAUAAUUAACAAUAUAUAAGACUUCAUUAUAGUGAUUUAGGUUCUACCAGUGUUUUAUUUUCCUCUUUGGGGCUUAGAUUUAACUAGGAGAAAGGAGUGCUUGGUAACGAGUCCUUCCGAGUCUACGCAAAUCGCUUCCAGCUCAAAAAAGUACCAACAAUUGACAGUAACGUGGUGAAAAUGAAGCAGCAUUGGUUCGGCAGAAACGAAAGCAGCCUAUCGCUUCUAGUUGACCCUAAUCCGAUUAUGACCUCAACGCAUGUGAUUUGGCAGUGUAAGCGUGAUUAAAUAAUGCGCGCCUUGUUUAUGAACAAAGAGUGGCGACAAAGGCGCAGAAAAAUGCGGCAAAUUGUAAUAAGUAAGGUUUUAUAACCCAGGUUGAAAAUGUUCGUUGUUUAUUUAUUGAGAUGGAGAAUUCGAUUUCUGUUCCGGGGUGCUUUCCAUUUCCCAUAUGUAGUUAUCAAACUAGGAAAGUUCAUUCUCGUACCACAAAGAUAAUGACACAAAAUAAAAGUAAUUUUAAACACUAAUAAAAAUUUAUUAUGGCUAACAGCAGAAUCUGUGCUCGAGCGUGCAAGGGAAGCGCACCGGCUGAAGCUUUUUAUAUGCAAUAGAAAUAGCAAAAAAAAUCAAACACCGAUCGUAUGUAUGGGCCAAUUGAGAGUAGUUUGGGUAAAUCUUUUCCUCAUGUACAGAUGAGUCACUCAAACACAGAGCUAUGCUCUGAGAACCAUUUUGGUGGCUGAAACACAGAGCCAAUAGUUGCGGGCAAUUAAUUGUGGUUCGGCAGGCUAUAAGAAUACAAUUUACUUGGGCCAAAAUAUAAGAAACUUAAAUUUUACUAAGAAGAACAAAAAAUGCUGAACAAAUAAAUCGUAGAGAAAUGAUAGCCACAUUUUCUUGUAUCGGUUCUGUUUAAAGGUUUGAGUUUUAAAUUUUUCAUAGCUAUUAGAAAAUAAUAUCGCACAAGAUGGUUCUUGUAAGCUCCCAUAGAUAAACUGUUCUACCAGCAAACGCGCGUAGUGUAAAAUUCAAAACUAAAAACACUCUAAGCAAAGAGAAAUUCGUAGAUUUGCUUGAUUGCAAUAAAGCCCUGUAAAGCAGAUAGAUAAUCAUUCCAGAAAAUAAUUUUCACAUGUUUCUAACAAAACUGACUACUGUAGGAAAUCCUCAUAAAUUUUAGUUGUAGAUGUGAACUCUUCCCUUACUGAUUUUGCACAGUUUAGAUAAAACUAAUGAGUUAGUGAAUAAAUCAAAAACCAAAUGCUAAGGAAAACGAAAGAACAAUAAAUUCUAGCGGUUUGACCGUAUUUUUGAACUUCCACUUCUAUAGUAGCUGGUAGAGAUCAACAAUUCUUUCAUUCCUUGUAGCUUCAACAAAUGCAUCGUAGCUUACCUACUUCAUCAACGGAAGAUUUCACUCUCCCAUGCAGUCAGCGGUUUAGCUCGAAAAGAACGUAACACGAAAAGGCAGGCAGGAAAACUUACAAAUAAAAUAACAACAAAAUAAAAAAAAGUACUAGACAAUGCCAAAGCGUUACUAAGCGAAAAGAAAGCUAAUCCUCACCGAUAGCCGUAACAAUAAAAUAACAAGAAUAAAUAAAGUAACUAGCAGCGCACCGAAGAACUAAUACAAAAUUACAGUAUCUGAAAACACGGAAAUGGUUGCCAAAGCAUACCCAUCCUUCCACCCCUUUCGAACGUGUCGGCACCCGUCUGCAGAGUGCGCCACUGCUGCAGAAGAAAAUCCGAACACAAACACACACACACACUGGCUUUCACGCUGUUGUCCCCCGUGCCGGGAGCUCAAUGAAGGGAGCCAAAAAAGUUGCGACUGUGGUUUUGAUAACGAGCAAAAACAUGAAAACAAGGUGUCGCUACACCAUGUUCCUGGCCUGUAAAACGAUUAAACUUCCUCCCCGGGUCGUCGCUCUCCGUCACAAGCUCGCGCUGACGGCUCGUGUCUUGCACUGCACCGAAAAAGAGGGGCUUUACUCUGCGUUGCAGUAUGCAAGAUAAAACAUGAACCUCCGGCCAUAUUUUUUCUUGGUUAAGAGAAAAAAAAACCGUGCACUGCUGCCUUCCAUUCAUAUCGAAAAGACCAAUUAAAAGCAAACAAAAUUGUCGAGGGGUACUUGAAAACGACGUCCGCCCGGGUUGCGGCUGCCAACAGAGACUGCUGCGAGUGUUGGUAUCAUAAGUGGUGUGCAGUUUGAUCGAAAUGAUAAAAACCUGUGAAGAGGGUUAGCAGUGUUACGAAUAUACUUAGUUUGGGUUCUUUCAUUGGUGGCUACUAAAUGCUCGUAAAGUUGGUGAUGUUAUUAUGAAAAUGAAAUUCGCCGAUCGACACCAUCGAGCAUUUUAAAUAUUUAUUUUUAAUCAGAACAGCGUCUGAACUGAGUUUAUAGUUCUGGGGAAAAAAUGUUUCAGUUCAUGGAGUAGGAGGUGAAAUUCAAUAUUUUGGUUGUUUGAUGCGUCAUUUUGUUACGCUACCUGCAGCUAAAAAAUUGUUUUUUAAAUUAUUAAAAUGAUUCGUACUCUAUUGUUUUAAAUCAUCGUUAAACUUUAAUUACAAAUACCUUUACCGUUCAUAGAAUCGGUACGUGGCAGCUAUAAAUAUGUUUGUGCUGCAAUGAGCCCCAGGUUGUUAGUAUUCGAAAACAUAUAAAUGGUUAUUUUGAGGUUUACCAGUAUUACAGUCGAGGUAUCUGCCAAAAAUUUCUAAAGCGUGCUUGAACAGGAAUGAAAAAUGCCAAACGACAAGUGUGCCAAGGGUGUUGAUUAAUAUUUGUCAUAUGAUUGCUAUUAUAGUUGGCACAACAAAUACUUAUAUUUUUUUAGUGGACAUGUGUCCAUUUUGAAGAAAAAUGUGUCCAUUUUGUGAGAAGAAUAACCACAAAUCAUUCAAUCGAGAUUUUUAUGACAAAAUUUUACACAAGGCAAUGUUGGUGGAAAAUACCGCCAACGUUCCUAGAAUAUUUCUUCCUUACCUGCACAUUGGAUGUUGCAUGAGCUCGUUGCGGUAACCUACUUACUUACUGUUACGGCGACAGACCGGUUAUGGAUCCAAUUCCGAAUCCGGAAUACAUUGCCGAGUCACCCAGUCUUGAGCAUCCUUUUCGAAAGCACACACCGAACGGGCACGGAACCACCCCGGAAUCGUAGGACUCUAUCGGGAUUUCUACUAGACACAGCCUUUGCUGAUUGCUUCUUCGGCGUUCUAGCAUUCUGGAACCAUGUUUCAUUCGCUUGACAAUAUUCGCCGAUUUGUAUGGCUGGUUCAGGUGUCUGCACCAAAAAUCAUCUUCCAGUUUGCCGACAAGGAUUGAACGCCAGUGAACGCCGAUCUGUCUUAUUCAGUAUCCAUGUUUCAUGGACGUAGGGGACCACCGGGAGAAUCAGCGUUCUAUAGAGUGCUAAGUACGUACGGAUUUGCAGGCUGCGGGACCUCAACCGGUUACGCAAUCCAUAGCAGGCCCAAUUUAAUCUCACGCCCUCUUAAUCUCACGGCUAACCUCAUUGUCGCAAGUCAGUAAUGUAAUGUAAUCAGGUAAAUAAAUUCGUCGACUACUUCAAAUGAUUCCCCAUCAAUCACCACCGCACCACCAACAGCCGACGGGCUACCACGCUCUCUACCAGCCAUCAAGUACUCCGUUUUGUUAGUUCGUAAUAAUGAUGCCACUUCUUUGCACGCCAGCCCUACGUAUAGCACCUUUCAACGUCAUGAUGAACAAUAAGUUUGACAGUCUGACACCCUGUUUCAAGCCGUCUAAAUUUUCUAGAGCGUAAAAUGUCUCACCAGUUACCCUAACGCUUGAUGUGGAAUUUUCAAGUUUAGCACGAAUCAGUCUAAUCCAAUUAAUUAAUUAGAAUCCGCUAAAAUCAAUUGGGGGGCCGCGAAGGCAUUGGUAAAUUAGACAGGUGAUUCAAUCUUCAUUCUGAUUUUCAAUCCGUCUGCAAAAAAGACCAAGACAUGAAACAACUUAGUCAUGCUGGACGAUAUGAGAUUGACAAAUCAAGCCUCAUACUACAAAACCUAUAAUUUAAUUUUUUUUCCAGGGGACCGUGAAGUUCCACAACGGAGCCACAAAUCUGUUUGUGCUUAGGUUUGGAACCACUGGUCUAAACGGUUCGAAGCCAUCUUCAAGUAUAAUCCGCCAUAACACAUUUCUCCUAACUGAAUCGUACGCUACCCUGAAGUUUACAAGUUGAAUUCUCGUAUUGUAAGGCGAACUUUAGGUUCAUAGUGGCGCAUCAACAAAGGCUUCCUACAACGGCUACAGUCUGUGUAACAGAAAGUAGGGGAAAAUUUUGUACACGGUAUUGAGAAGCGUGAAGACUCGAUCACUGUUACAGUCCAGGCGAUGGACCUUUUUUGUAAAUCGGGCAUGACCGAGGGCGAUUCGUCAUAAGACCAUGCUCUCUGAAUUAACGCAUCGAUGGACCGAUGCGGCUGUGCGCCUGCGACUUCAAAAAGUUCGGCGAGAAUGUCGUCCUAGUGGCUCUGCAGGUUAUUAGAGCUUUCUAUGCUUUCUUCACCGCGUCCAUGGAUAAUGGAUCUACAGCUUAUCCAUCAUUCCCAAUACUGGUUCUGCUUCUUUUGAUGCCUCUAUUCUCUUCUCCGUUCAACAGCACACUGCAAUUGUUUUUUCAAUGCCUGGCCACCCAGAUUUACAGGUAAUUUGGUUACUCUCCUUGUCGUUGCAGAUGACAAGAGCUGACACGUCUCGGUUACUUCAUUCGUCCUGUAAAUUCUCCGUCAAUCAUCUUGUAAAAGCUCCUUGCAGUGUACCAGGAGAAGUAACCAUCCGCCACCACAAAAACACGCUCCCAAUGUUGACGGUUCUUCCGGUGAACUCGGUAUCUCCCUUCGCUCUAACGUGUCACAGCCUGAAUCAUCCUGUGAACUCUGGCGUGCUUCUUCUCAUUUGUCGUUCGCUGAAAAGGGGCGUCAGAUCGCUUAUUGUUGCUGUCACAGUUGUACCCGACACUACUUUUGCUAUGGUACUGAUCGUACUGUAGAUAUGUCUCCACAGUUCGUUCAGGUCUUCUUCAAGUUACUCAACGAUUCGCUCAUCUAGUUCUGCAAGUACUCUGAAGCCACUCCCCCAGUUGAUAAUCGCUGGAUGUUCAAUCGUCUCUUACUCGUUGACCUACAUGCCAUUACGUUGGACAAUCGGGCCCAGAUCUAGGAUACCGCAUAGUUUGGUCUUCUAAACGACCUUACGUCUGCAAUACUUCUAAUUUCAAGGUGAUGAAAAACCCGAGAAGAGGACUCAGCGAGCGGGGUUAAGUUUGCUACCUCGACCCACUAAAAUCUGCCAGUCUCUAGCCCUGUUUAUCGCUGGGAUUAUUUGUAUUUGUAUUUUGGUCGAUUCAUCUGACAAUUUUAAAAUUAUCUACAUGAAAAUAUUGAAUCUAAAACUAUUGCAACAUCCCAGACCUUGAGAUUAUUUUACCAAAAGUACGUGAGGAAACAUUUCCGCAAUCGAAUAAAUCUUCGACCAUCGAGAAGGUACGGAUGCAUGACGUCAGUGGUUCAAAAAAGCCGUACAAGUUCCGAUGAGACCUAGUUUUCAGUAAGUUUGACGAACGAAGCAGUCUACUUGGUGCUCGAAAAUCAAGGUAAAAAAGCAAUACCGGGGCAUCAAGUUCAUUGUUCAGCAGCUUGGCUACGAAGGUAGCUUUUUGAAUCUUCCGACGACUCUCCAAUGUAUCCAGAUCAAUCUUCAUUAAACGCGUUCUAUUCUGUUUUUCAAUCACAAGUCAUGGGGAUUCUAGAUGAUGCAGGCAUUUUCAAGGAUUGGUCGAACUAAUGCACAAUACAAUGCUUUCAAGCAGUGUGGUUCUGUAAAGUUUCGAGCAAUUUUGGUGAUGAAACCAAGUUGUUUCGAGGCUUUGGAUAUGACAGCAGUAUAACGUUGAUUGAAAGUGAGCUUAUGAUCAAACAUAACUCCAAGAUCGUUAAUCUGAUCUACGCGUUCGAGAACACAUCCAUUUAUCUGGUAAUUGAAAGAAAUAGGCACAUGACAAUGAUGGAAUGUUAUGACCACACAUUUAGCAAUGCUUAUUGUAAGCUUGUUUCUGUUACACCAUUCAGCAAACGUGUCCAACAGUGCUUGCAGGCGUUGGCAGUCCUGGACAGAAUUCACAACAAGGUAGAUCUUCAGAUCGUCGGCAUAUACCAAUACGCACCCGGCUCCUAGCAAAAUGGCAAUAUCAUCGAAGUAUGAAGCAAACAGCAGUGGACCCAGAUUACUGCCCUGAGGGACUCCGGAACUGUUGUUAAAUGUCCGGAAUCCAGCUUAAUACUCAAGGUGCGGCCUAAAAGAUACAAGCUCAGCCAAGAGGUUAGACUCUCAGACUUACCGAAUUUAGAAAGCUUAUGUAAAAGUAUUCGAUGAUCUACUGUGCCAAAAGCGGCCUUAAUAUCUGUAUAAACAGCGUCAAUUUGCGAUCCAGCUUCCAUCUGUGAGAUACAGUUACUUGUGAAGUUGAUCAAGUUGGUCGACACUGAACGACCCGGCAUAAAACCAUGCUGAUCAACUGAUAUAUAGCUUCUAGUGCAGUUUAGAAUCACACUGUGGACGAAAAUUUCGAAGAGCUUAGAUCCAGCAGAAACGCUGGUUAUUACUCUCUAGUUCCUUACGUCACGUUUGUCUCCCAUUUUGUGUAUCGGAAACAUGAUAGAUUGUUUCCACAGCGCUAGAAACUUAUGUUUUUCAAACGAUUUGGUAAAAAUCCGGCUGAGGAGCACGGCAAGAGCAGUAGCACAUCGACAGAAAAUAAUAGCUGGAACACCGUUGAAACCAGGAGAGUAGGAGCUUUUCAACUUCUUGGUAUCAGCAAUGACCACAGCAGGGGUGUUUAUCGUUAGGCAUUGCGUCAGGAAGAGGCCAUUGUACUCAUUGCACCCACUCACUUUGUAAUCUUCUUAUCUAGCUACUUGUAGACAAACAGUUAGCGUUCGCUAGUAUUACCGUUCCGGUUGACCCGUCGAUUUUUGUGUUGCAACUCGAGACCCACACCCACAGGUUGCGUUUACUGGCAUACACCGUUGAACUAUUUGACUUCAUACGUGAUGAUGCCGUUGUAGCAUGUUUGCAUGUUUUCGCGUUCUUUCUUCAUUUCAUUCAUCAAUUUCUCCUAAAUUUUCGUCACAAUAAUGUUGGAGUCGAUCUUACGCUUCAGGGGUGGAUGCAGCUGGGGUAUUAGGCGAGCUCACCGACGUAUGUGACACAUCAGUAAUCAGCCGCUUCAGUCCCCUCCAAAGAUCGCUUCGAGUAGCGGGCCGAUCUGACCAGAACAUCGCGUCUUCGCCCUCAUGGCAUUUUUUGAUGAACGACACAACUUCCGGCAGGCACUUCGUACUAUAAAUUUCCCCGUUCACAAUCAGUCCGGAGUGAAAGAGGAGCAGUUUUGGAAUCCUCUUCUCGCUGAUUGUCAGCCACAGCAGCACCUUCUUGGGGAACUUGUACCAGUACCGGGCUUUCUUUCGAUGCUCUGAUUGUUGUCCAAUAGUCCCAAGAUGUUGUAGAUGCCGGAUCGUGUGUAUCGGCAUCCACAAAGUGCCGUACAAUGUCCUUUUUCGAUGCGGCAGGGUACCGCGCAUAAUUCUGAACGGAGUAACUUCACUGUUUUCGCCAUCACGGUUAGAGUUCGACUGACAGAGCUGUCAAUUUUUUUCUUGCUUACUCAUGGGUUACUAUGAUAGCAUGGGUAGUUUCGUCAGUGCGUGUGAAAGUAAACUUUUUGAAAUCGGCAGUUUUUGUCCAUUUUUUAAUGCAAAUGUAGUGCAAUCGACGCCUCAUGUUCCGAUUUACAGUUUUCAUUAAGAUGACCUCCGUCUCAUGGUGCGCUUAUUCCAGUUUCCUCAAAUGCUUCCUAAUAUCAGCCAUUCGUAUGGAUAGCGCGGCACUCAACUGGUCUGUAACGUCUGAGAAAAGCCGCUCGUCGAUCAGAAUAUAAUCGAUCUGAAAAUACGUCUCCUUAUUCGAGUGCUUUCAUGUGUACCUUCAAAUACUCCAGCGUACGAAAUAAGUGCUAAAGAUGUCCAUGCCUCUGUCAACAGCGAAAUUGAUUAACCUCACCAUCGUCUUUUGUAGCAGAUUGGAUGAUUUCUCUACCUAUUACGGUGGAAGAAGUCUUCUUGUCUGACCUGCAUUUUCGAUGACGAUCUUGUUGUCGUGUUCUGGGCGCUCACAGCACGUCUUUUUAAGGAAUUUACAUACUUAUUUUAUAUACUUCUCGGUAUUGGGAUUAUUAUUGGUCGGUGCGAAUACUUUGAUUGGGCUGUAACUGAAGAAAUUGUCCUUAAUUCUCAGCACGCCUAUACGGUUACUGAUCGUACAAACGUACGCAGCAAAUCUGCGCGUGCCGAAUCAAGUAGAGUACUUUCAUGCCAAGUAUCGAAUUUUCAAUUAUUGUUGUCUUUUAUCGAUCGCCUAAGUCCAUGCCGAUUAUUUCGUUCUGUAUUAUUUUCUGGAUUAUUCGUAGUAAUUUAUAUUCAGCGUCCUGUCUAACUAGGGCUGCGAUACCUAGUCUCGCACCACUGCCCGUUUCGGGUCAGACGCAACAUGCAAACUUGAAUAAGACGUUUAUGAUCCUCUAUUGUUCUGGUCAGUAUGCGUCUACGACUAAUUUGAUAAUAGGUGACAACUAAAAUUUUGGAAUGGUUUCUGUUGCAGUUAAAUCACGUAAAUGUACCUAAAGAAAACCCGAUUUAUUUCCUAUAAAGGUGCAUUCUUCCUUAAAAAAAAUUAUGAACAUUUGAGAAAGGUACUUAAUCAGCUUCUUCACAAAACUUUUUUUACGAUAUCGGAAUAACAGCGUUGUGCGACUUUUGAAUCGUCUAUUCGCAAGCAUUUCUUGAUUACAUCAGUUCCAAGAACUCAAAAUCCCAAAAAAAAAUCUUCAAUAGUACCCAAAAUUUUAGUUAGGGGACAAGUCAGAAACAAACGUUGAAAGUCCCUUUUAAUUAACAUUUCAUUCGGAAGGAAUAGUUACCACAAUAAUUGAAACAUUCUUCUUUGCAGUUUAAGCAUAUGACCACGAUUAAGAAUUUCAAUAUCUUCGAAUUCACACGCAAAACAUUGAAUAAAUUUUCACUACAAGCGCAAGAAUUGUCAGAGGGAAAAUCUCUCGUCUUUUCCCCAUUGCGAUGCGUGGUUUCUUAUUUCACUCUGUUAUAUCAAAUGCUACAAAAAAUAGUUACCAAAUAAAAACAGAUUUGAAAUGUGAUGGGAAAACGCCACUAACCCACAGGUAGUUUUUUAAGACGUAAUGUCGUAACACAAAGUUUAAAGCGGUAGACAGUGAAGGAUCAAUCCACAAGCAACAGAGAACGCAACCCACUUGUUCAAACGCACUGAUUGAACCAAAGGUGACUUUAAGAAGUACAUGUUUCCGAAAAAUUUCAAAACUUUCCUGUCUUAGUAAAACCUUAGUAAAGUUUUGACGGUUAUUUCAAACACAUUGCCUUAUUUAUUUCCUCUUUUUCAUUUUCGCUUUGCGACAAUUGAUUAAAAAUACAUGCUGUAUUUCUUCAUCAAAUUUCAACGAAAAAAAUAUUCAGUAUUUACAUCACACACCGUUGCUAAAUAAUUCAACUAGUAUUUGAAAAAGGCUAAAGCGAUUUGAAUAAAAUUGUAUGUACUCUUCAUGAACAAUUUGCGGGCAGAUUGAGACGUUUCUUUUUAAAUAAUAUAUUCAUCUGAAAAAUUAAUGCACUCUUUGGGAAGAAAAAAUUAAUUUUUUAUCACAAUACCGGUGCUAUCUUUUUUGAAUAGAAAAAUAUUCUCUUGAACCUAUGUAUAAAAGGUGUUCAAGGAAAAUAAAUCCUUGAAGGGUAUCCGAUAUUCUAAAAUAUUUGUUGGCCCAACACCGAAAAAGGUAAAAUUUCUUCUUUGCACUAAAUGCUACAGGAUACGAGCAAUAAGUGUAGUUUUGCUACCACGAAACUUUUACUAGACCCAACAAGUGAUCCCACUGUGUAGCUAGUCUCUGUUGCACUCUGGGCCGAUAGCCAUUGUGUGCGAAACAGCAGCUGCAAUCCAACCGAAAGUCGAUAACGACGUUGUGGCUGCGGAAAAAAACUCCUCGCACCCACACUUCCACACACACCGGAUAUAAUCCACUUAGUACAUACUACGUUACACGUAGCUGAGCACACACCGCGCUGGCGAAGUAAUAAAUGCAACUUGCGUUAAAUUGAUUGCAAAUGAUAUGCAUGGUAAAGCAAAACCCAUUUGCAACUCGUUUUCCACGAACGAUAAAACACCACCCAUCUGGCUGGGCGGGGUGGGCUGCGGGGAAAAUUGGAGCAGCCCAAACUUAACUGUCAACGCGAAAUUAUUUCGAAUGGUGCCUAUUGUAAUGGGUUAUUGGUCUCUCCGGGCCCGGAUAUAUGGGGCAGCUGCUUAAUGGAAGAGGUUAAUUUUCAAUUUUGUCGUUCCGAGAAGUAUACACCGGCUGGGGGCUUAAUUUUCGAGCUGGAUCGGAACCAGAUUCUAAAUGACACACGUUGGCUUUGUUUAAUCAACUCGUAACACCCACGCCAAAUGUUGCGAUUGCCAAUCUGUUCCGAACUAUUGAGUUUGAUUGGUAGAGAUGCAACCGAUGGGAGGAUUUAAUCAAGGUUAGAAACAAACAGCCAAACAAGCAACUAUUUAUAUGUUUCAAUAAUUCAACGCGUUAGUUUUGUUAAGUAAGCACAAGAAAAAAUGCGAAGAUGCAACAUGUUCAAGCAUGCCAUUUGGAAGCCAUGAAAGAAGUGUCAAUAAAUAUAAUUAGAAAAUUUAUUUGUUAACUGUACUGAAAGAUUACGAUAAGUAUAAGCAAGUUCAACACUAAAUUAUGAUGCAACAACCAGAAAAUAAUUACUAACGUAAUAUUUGAAACAAACAAAACUGAGAACGAUUAAAUAAAUAAUUCAUUGUUAAUAAAAUAA